AUGGAGGUACUUCGCUUGUUAUUAAAUCGAUUCUGCCGCCAUUAUGGGACUAGUGGAUCAGUUGAUAAAAAUAAAGCAAUGGUGGAGUAUUUGCAGCAAUAUGGAAUAAUCAGAUCAAAGAAAGUGGCAGAAGUAAUGGAGGCAAUUGAUAGGGGUUUAUUUGUACCUGGUGGAAGCCCACCUUAUGUUGAUAGCCCUAUGCAGAUAGGUUAUAAUGCAACCAUAUCAGCACCUCAUAUGCAUGCAACUUGUCUAGAACUGUUAAAAGAACAUCUGCAGCCAGGAAUGCAUGCUUUGGAUGUUGGUUCAGGGACUGGGUACUUAACAGCAUGCUUUGCAAUGAUGGUUGGACCUCAAGGUCGUGCUGUAGGUGUUGAACACAUUCCUGAGCUGGUUACUUCUUCUAUUGAGAAUAUCAAGAAAAGUGCAGUAGCAUCGUUGUUAAAUGAAGGUUCUCUUUCUGUACAUGUUGCUGAUGGAAGGUUGGGUUGGCCAGACCUGGCACCAUAUGAUGCCAUCCAUGUUGGUGCUGCAGCACCAGAGAUACCUCAACCACUUAUUGAGCAGUUGAAGCCUGGUGGCAGGAUGGUGAUCCCUGUUGGCACUGUUUUCCAGGAUCUGAAGGUAGUUGAUAAGAAGCUGGAUGGUUCUGUAAAAAUUAGAAGUGAAACAUCUGUACGAUAUGUUCCACUCACCAGUCGAGCAGCCCAGCUACAUAACUACUGAUGUGGUGCUCUUUGGUUUGUCGUCAACAUAUGAACUGUUCGCAGGGUUUUCUGGUGUUUGUUCCUUCAAGUUUUCUGGUGUCAAGUGUUCAGAACAUGCAGUGGCCAGUGAUGAUGAUCGGCGCCAGCUAAAUACCUAGUAGGCAUUUGAAAGGCAUAAUGUCGACAACAUUCAACACAUCUCUACCUUCAUUUUCCUGGUGCAUAAUUAGGCAUUGCGUUCGAAACAUUCGUCUGAGGGGAUCAGGCAAUUUAAGUACCCUGGGCGGUGAUGCAGAUUACAAACAUUUAUCUUACUGGUUAAUGAGGCUUCCUAUGCUCUCAUUAUGUUUACUCAAUGGUUUGGGAUUCAUUAUAAGACGGACUUUGAUCUGUAUAGGAACUUCUUCCAAUUGUAGGAUCUGAUCCCUGUAGUGUUGGUCAACCCAUCUUUUUUCUGUGCCCGUUGUUUGAGCCGGUUCGACCUAGCUUCCUCUCCAUUGGGGUCGUCUGACUAGAGUCAUUUUUGUGGCUCAAUCUGGCCUUGGCAUGGGCUGUUGCGAUCUCCUCUGUGCACGAUCUUGUCUUGGUUGCUUCUUGGCUUUGCUUGGACUAUGGAUGUCUUGAAUCAAUUGUGCAACAAUUGCCUUCUUAGCCAGCUCUGACAUUGUCUCUGGUUGUCAUCAAGCUCUCUGGCGAUGCAUUGCUGCCUCCCUUCCUCUCCUUUUCUUUUGUUUUAUUUUAUCUGCUCUUCUGGUUGGUCAUCUAUUUUUUGUUUCAUGGACUUCGAUCUCCCCAUCCCAUGGUUGUCCCCAGCAUUCAUCCCAAAUUUCUAUUCCUCUCACAGCCUUCGCGGCGGGGAGGUAUUAAAAGGACUGUAUGUGUGAACCGCAUCAAGGCCGCAAUUUAUUAUUAACUUAUUAUA